AUGGGCGCUGUCCACAGCAAAGCCGACGAUGCAGCCGCCCUGUAUCUGCGCGACCAGACCAGAUUCUCGGUGGCUUCGCUCAACAUCACCAAUGGCCGCAACCGCACGCUGCUGAACGUUGCCCCCAAUGCCUUCCCCGCCACGCGCUACACUGCGCGCCGCGACUUUGGCGACGACAGCGUAAUCGAGUACAUCCAGGACCCAGAGGCAGUCCCCUCCAGCGACAGCCCCCCAGCCUUGCUCCUUCGCCUGACCAACGACGAAGAGCUCACCUUCAACUUCACCUUUGUCCUCCGCCAGCACCUAGCCGUGCCCAGCAUAUACAAUGUCAACACUAAUUCCGCAAUCACCCCCUCGGGCCUCGUCGACACAAACAUCAACGGCCUGACUUUUCUCUUCGCCUCGAGCUCAAAGGACCUUGACAACCUCGUCACGCGCGAGUUCCACGCAAACCCAAACCUCCACAAGAACCCCCAGGUGGAGCUUGUCGGCGACUACUCAACGGGCGGGCAUGCCUCCGUCCAGUUCCAGUGGUCGUGGAAGUGGACCCCUCCAAAGCCCUCAGAAUCCCGCGGCGGGGGCUGGCGCACCAGCUGCAGUUUUGUCGAAUACGAUCAGCGAGCACACCGACUCGAGACACUAGCAAACUUUUCCUUUUGGGUCCAAAACACGUCACGCCAGGUCCAAAGCCCCAAGUCGCCCACCCCGCGCAUGGAACUUGCUGUUCCGCCCCGCCUUCGUGUACCCUCUGCCCAAUCCAUAGAGUCUCGAGUCAGCGACUCGGCUGGCGAAGAUAAAGAAUGGGAGGCCCCUCCCCCGAGAUCGCCCAUUUGCGAGCCCAUACCAGAGCACAGUCUGGGUUUGGUACCCAGCCAGGCGACUACAGCAUCGAGUGGAAAUGUGCCCGUCAAGCUCGAUGUUUCUCGCCCAGGCGAGGACCUCAGCCAAACCGAUGAUGGACCGCUAUUCCGUGCCACAAUGAAGUCGCUCGAGCAAAAGACUGGCAACAUGCGCACGAGGUGGAAAAAGGUCCUGAAGCGCGCAGAGGCCGCCAUGGAAGCCCAGGUUGGGUGCAACAAUGCCAUGUCCGAUCUCAUGGAUGCACUUCGAGAGGCCUCAUCGUCCAACGCCAACGCUGUCCAGCCUGCCAUUGAUCAUUACUUUGACAAGAUUGCAAAGGAAAUCUUGGUGUAUGAAAAAUCAAAUGCUACUAAUAUCCAGAAACUCAUUAUUGAUCCCAUCUACAAACUUUACAACAUUGAUAUCAAGCAGGCCGAGACGAAGCGCAAGGAUUUUGAGGAGGAGAGCAAAGACUACUACCAAUACCUCGGCCGCUAUCUUGGUCAGCGACAAGAUACUUUGAAGGAGAAGAAGCGCGCCGAGACCGACUCCAAAUACCUCGCAAAGAGACGCAAUUUCGAGUUGAAGCGCUUCGAUUAUUCUUCAUUCAUGCAAGAUUUACAUGGCGGCAGGAAAGACCAAGAAGUUCUUUCCCACCUGACCCGAUACGCCGACGCGCAGGCCAAGCGCUACCUUGAGACCGCCAAAAAGAUUGAGACGAUGCUGCCCCAUCUCGAGGCGUUGACUUGUGAAGUUAAAGAGGCAGACAAGGAAUUCCAGAUUCAGAGGACCGAAAGAGAAGAAAAAAGACGCGCCCUCGAAACAAUCAAGAAGACUUUUGACGAUGUACCAAACCAGUCAAUCACAUCACCAGCAGCGUCCACUGCAACUGUGUCGAGGUCAAUAUCAAGAUCCGAACCGGAAUCUCUGCCUGGUCGAAAGAGCAGUAUCGCUCCUGUAUUUCAGAGUACAAUGGCCUCUCCCAUGGCCUCUGCAUCUACGAGUAUUCCUUCGUCUAUAGCACUACCACAAAGCCCAGAGGCCAGCAAGACCAGUUUGGCAAUGAACACAACACAGCCGGACAAGUUCAAGGGAAUCAGAGAUCUGGAAGAAAAGGACCUCGCUGCCAUGGUCGAGGCCGGCUCGGGCACAGGCCGUAAACAGGGUCUCCUUUGGGCUCUCAGCAGACCUGGAAGCCAUGUAGAUCCAAAGGGUUUGAACAAACAAGCCUGGCAUAAGUUCUGGAUUGUCCUUGAUCAAGGCAAGCUUUCAGAAUAUACAAACUGGAAGCAGAGCUUAGAACUGCACAUGGAUCCUAUUGAUCUUCGGAUGGCCUCAGUGCGCGAAGCACGUAAUGCUGACCGUCGGUUUUGCUUCGAAGUCAUAACUCCGCAGUACACAAGAGUGUAUCAGGCUACCAAUGAAGAUGACAUGAAGUCUUGGAUCAACGCUGUCAACAACGCUUUGCAAACAGCUGUCGAGUCUGCGGGGCAAUCUGAUAGGCCGUCGACUGAUUCGUUGCCUGGGCAAACCCACCGAGAUAUUGCAUCAGUACUCACUGGCAAGAGUCCUUCCAUGUCGAGCCACCGCAACAAUUACAGCUCCAAGGCCCCUGCUCGACAUGCCACAGUCGGCGAUCGGCCUGGCGGCUAUCGCCGAGAUGAGGCGCCUGGGGACGAUGGAAAGUUGCUGAAGCAAGUGCGCGACGCAGAUGCCAGCAAUAGAGUGUGUGCGGACUGCGGCACCGAGAUCAAGGUCGACUGGGUGUCUAUCAACCUUGGUAUUGUCAUCUGUAUCGAGUGCAGCGGCAUUCAUCGGUCGUUAGGCACACAUAUCACAAAGGUGCGCUCCUUGACACUGGACGUCACUUCUUUCACUCCCGAUAUCAUCGAGAUACUCCUCAAAGUUGGUAACCGCAUCAGCAACUCCAUCUGGGAAGCCAAGCUAGAUCCUGGCAAGAAACCUGGGCCAAUGUCAACGCGCGAGCAGAGACUUCAUUUUAUCACAUCAAAGUACGCAGAGCGAGCGUUUGUAGCGCCAAUAUCGCCAAGCAUGUCACACUAUACGAACCCAGAGGAGACGCUGCUAGCGUCUGUUAAGAAGAACGACAUCCAGAAUGUGCUCUAUGCACUGGCAUUGCGGGCCAACCCUAAUGCGCGUGAUCGCUCACGAGGCACUCAUGUUGUAUUUCUAGCACUUGCAGCAGCGGACCCAGCAUCACCAUCGGCCUCGGCAUCACCAGCGACCUCACCGGGCAUACCUCCACGGCCGGGCACAGCACAAGCCUCACGGAAAGCUUUCGCUGUGGCAGAAUUACUGUUGCAAAAUGGCUCAGAGUUGCCCAUGACGCCCGCUCCUAUCCCGCUGGGUCACUCAGCACGAGCAUACCUUGACUUCAAGGCGGACCAGCGUGCAGGCAAGCUCCCUGCGCCCAUGGCAAACAAUCAGGCGUCUUCUAGUGCAGAAAAGAUCCCGCCUCUACCACCAAUUCAAGCCGGGAAUGGUAGCUCACCAUCGGAGAGAGCGCGAGAACGAGAGGCGCGAAUGCAGAAGCGGGUAUCUGCAGGUGGAAGGUUGGUCAAGAGUCCAAACCUGGAUGCAGCCGAAGGUAAGCGCGGCUUACAAGGAUAG